ACAAGACACUAUUUUGGUAAUAUUUUAAUCACACUACAAGUAAGUACACUAAGUAGUUUGCGAUAAAUUGGGCUCAGCAGAAUGUGGAAAAUUGGAGAAUGUCGCGCACCUGGACUGCCACAGAAGAGCGAAAGCGAAAUAUUGACUGCCAGCGAUGGAAACUGCACUGGCUCAGAGGAAGAUGAGCGCCCGCCGGACUUAGAUCUGAUCUAUGCUGAUUUGGAGAGUAUGAGGCAGCGUCUUCUUGCCAUCCGAAACACAAUGGUACGCCCUGAACCAGAGCCCUGUUUAGAGAUCGUAGCGUACGAGCAGGCAAUACCCUUUAGCACCAAGGCACAACGCCAGCUGAUGGAGCUGCGUCGAAACAACUGCAUCAUGAAGUGCAAAAUUGAGGAUAUGACGCGGCACUUGCUCAACUCCCGGCAGCGGAUGAAGGAGUGUGAGGCACGGCAAAUUCAUCUGAGGAAGCACAUGGAGAAGAUGAGCAAACAACUCGAUGAAUUCAAGGCGUUCAUCACCAAAGCACAGGAUAACUUCGGCAUUUGCAUUGAACGCUUCGAGCUGCACAAAAACUGCUUCGUGGACAUCAAGGAUUUUCGCGAAAAGGUUACCGAACUGAUGUUCCAAAUGAAGGAAUUAUUGAAUAACAAAGUGCCGAAGGCGUGCCACAAGAUUAUGCGCAAAGCGAUUCAAAAGGAAUCUGUGGCAAUGCGCUUCUUCUUACAGGCCUUGCUCGAAAGUGUACUCCAGUACACCGAGUAUUUCCAGAGACGCGUGAGCACAAAAACAUAUCAAUCCGUCAUGUCCGAAUCGGUGAGUGCACGUUUCCCUAAAUUUGUGCGAGAGCCACCGCCAUCACUCAAGAGCCAGAUCGUCAAUGAUGAUGAGGAGCAGGAGUGGAACACACCCAUCAGGACAUGAUAAGAGCAGAUUGAGGCAUGGGUGUUUUUCAUUGCAAACUAGGGAUUCAAGUUUCUCCAUUGUAAUUGCUUUCAAAAUGUCGCUCAAUUAGGAUUAUUGGCACUCGGCGGGGCUUAAUGGCAACAUAGUCGCCAAUUGCUCCCCGCGGCCAUAAUAAUUAGAAAACUUCCACUCUCCGCCUGCCGAA